AUGUCGACGACUCAGCAGCCCGUCUCCGACGCGAUCCUCACCCAGAUCCUCGGCCGGCUCGAUGCCCUCCAGGUCUCCCAGCAGGCACUGCAGGCCAAGCUAGAUGCGUUGACCAACCCGCCUGUGAGCCCGGUGUCUUCGCCGCCGAGGAAUGGCAUCCCUAUCCCGCAAUCACAUUCGCGAGAGGGGUCCCUGUCUGGGCUCGCACCGACGACAAUCUCACCGCCGAGCUCGGUAGCGGGCACGCAGUCGCCACCGAUCCAUGCUUUGAACAUCGACAAGGAUAAGCAGUUGAGUGACAAGGAGCGCGAGAAGCUGUUGUACCCUGGGCGAGUCUUGUUGACGACCUACCCAGAUCAACACAACAUCAAGCCCUAUCCCAUCCAGUGGGGCGCCGCCGACCCAUCCGUACGCGGCCCCGUCAUCUGCUCGCGGUUCCCCUCUUCAAUCAAGCAGCGGAACGCCCUUGGCGCGCACUCCGGCUCGUACUCCAUCUACCGCGCGCUCGCGAUCGCAAUGGGCACGCUCACGCCCUCGCACAAGCCCGACUACUCCAAGACCGAGCCCAGCGUCCCUAUCCCGCCGCAGCCCGCGUGGUCGGACCCGACGAAGAUCGUCUCGUUCGACCCGUGGGGCCACGUCGUCCCGCAAGUCUUCCGUCGCGAGCUCGAGGACCUCGGUCUGGAUGUCCGCCCGAGUAUUGCGGUCACCCGCGGGCACUUGAAGCUGAGCGAGAUUGACGAGGUGGCGCGGAAGGGCGACUUGACUGUGGAUGGCAAGAUCCUGAUCAAGAGUUUGCCGUUGAGGAAUGUGGACGGGAAGGAGAGCACGGCGGACCCUGGUGUGGAGAUCGCAAUCAACAAGGCUGCUGUCGAGCCCGUGUGGCAUCUCCCUGGCGUGGCGGAGCGAUUCGGCAUCUCCGAGAGCUUGCUCCGUCGAGCACUUUUCGAGGAUACUGGAGGAAUGUACCCCGAGCUCAUCACCCGACCAGACAUCAAGGUCUUCCUUCCUCCCAUAGGCAACCUCACUGCCUACAUCUUCGGCAACCCCGCCUACCUCCAUGACGAGACGAAAGAGCUGACACUGCGCGUACACGACGAAUGCAACGGUUCCGACGUUUUCGGAUCCGACAUCUGCACAUGCAAGCCAUACCUGACGUACGCCAUCGAGGAGUGCGUCCGUUGCGCUCAACGCGGCGGUGUCGGUCUCGUAGUCUACUUCCGUAAGGAGGGCCGUGCUCUCGGCGAAGUCACCAAGUAUCUUGUCUACAACCUGCGUAAGCGGGGCAUUGACUCUGCGGACAAGUACUUCAAGGCGACCGAGCUCAUCGCUGGCGUCAAGGACAUGCGCUUCCAGGCGCUCAUGCCCGACGUCCUGCACUGGUUCGGCAUCAAGAAGAUCGACAACAUGGUUUCUAUGAGUGACAUGAAAUACAACGCGAUUGUACAAUCUGGCAUCCCGAUCCUCAAACGUUAUGACAUUCCUGACCAUCUCCUACCACCUGACUCUCGGGUCGAGAUCGACGCGAAGAUCGCGGCUGGUUACUUCAGCAACGCGAAGGUCGUCACUGAGGCUGACCUCGUCAAGACUGUUGGGCGUACAUGGGAAGAGACAGAGCAUUGA